AUCCAUACCACAUGGAAGAAGAAAGUGAGGAACCUUCAAGAAAGGAACCUUAUCAACUAAGACAAGGAACAAAGACGACAGCUAAAUCUAGUAAUGGCGCUCAGGGAUCUUUUACUAUCCACUGGAUUGGCUGGCCAUGAAACUGAGAUACUUAUUGUGUUGGGUGUGGGCAUGCUUCUAGGAGUUGUCUUGCUUGUGUGGCUGUGCAUUAGUGGGAGGUCAAAAGGUCGUACAGUAUGUCUCCUGGGACUCAGUGACUCUGGCAAAACACUUCUCUACCUCAGAUUGAACGGCAGUGAUUUCAUGAGGACACAGAACUCUAUCAAGGAGAACAGCUGUCAGUACAGCCUCCCCGGAGAAGACAAGCCACUCACUCUGGUGGACGUGCCAGGUAAUGAGAGGAUCAGAGAGAGCAUCUUCACCAAGUACAAAGACACACUCAAGGCUAUCGUCUUGGUGGUAGACAGCUUCAACUUCCCCCAAGAGACUCGCUCAGUUGCUGAGCUCAUCUUUGACCUCCUCUCAGACAAAGUGACUCACAAGAGGAAGCUAGCCAUCUUGGUAGUCUGCAACAAACAAGACCUGGCACUGGUGUCUGGCCAGGACUACAUUAAGAAACGGCUCGAGGCUGAAAUUACUGCUCUAAGGACGACCCGUGCUGCUAAGCUGGAGUCCAUCGAUGGUGGCCCAAAGAACCAAGCCCCUGUGAUGUUUGGCAAGAAGAACAAAGACUUUGAGUUCAAGGAUCUCUCUUUGCCUCUCGUGUUUGUGGACUGCAGUGCUCGUGGGAAGGGAGAGGAGAGCAGCUGCACCGGGGAAAUUGAAGAGGUCCAAGACUGGCUCGCAAAACUCUCUUAGCAGAACAAGUAGCUCUAGAGUACGUACAUAACUGACUCCGUUGAAUAUUAUCGAUAAUCUUAUCAGUUAUAAUUAUACACGAUCAUUUUUGUUACAGAGAUUCAAUUUGUAAAACAAACAUUAAUUAUAAAACACACAAAAAGAUA